GCAGUCACGCGCAAACCUCUCGUGCUGACUUUAUACCUUCAACAUUCCAUCCUGUUAUCAAAAUCACGCAAAUAUCGUGCAUUAUUACAAUGGAAUUUGGGGACACCCACACUUUUCCGCCCACGCUUGUUUGCAAUAUGCUGCAAACAUUCAAUAGAGACAAGACCACGGAAACCCCACGCCAAAGUGCGCAUGCGCACCUUCAGACCGGGACUUUUCCGAAAACUUCUGCACCGGCCUUUAUCAGUCGGUGUUUGUCGCUUCUAAGAGGAUAGUAACUACAACACGAAUGAUGGCAGGCGCUUACCGUUUGGCUCUGGAGCCUUUUAAUAACAGCAAUUUAACAAAAGUGAAAGAGACAACACCGUUCAAUCAGGUGAUGACUUUAAAAGCCUCCAACAUGCAGAGACUCAUCCAGGUGGUGCAUAGGAUGGCGCAGAAGAGCUGCAGAAGAGCCUUCCAGCUGUUUUGCUGCCCCAUGGACACUAUGCUGUGUGAGAAGGGCACAUGCUGGCCAGCUCAAAACCAUCAAGCUGCAGACGAUAAAACCGCACAAGUUGCACUCCGGAAUCCACCAUCUACCAUUCUGAUUGUCAACAUCAGCAACUCCACCUUGAUCGACUGCGUCAUCGGCAACGACACCUACCCAUCUGCUGUGGCUGAAUGUCAGCCUCUGAUGCAGGAAUCUGGGCUCCACAUGCACGAUCAGGCGAGGUGCCACUGCAGCCGUAGACAGCCAGGGGCAGGACAGACCUCUCCUCCUCCUCCUCCUCCUCCUCCUCCUCCUCUGCAAUCAGCUGAGCCUCCGAGCAUCAACAUCCACCAAUCUAGUCUCAAUUGUGUCAUCAUCGGAGACAACAACUACAUGCACGCUGAUCAGACCCACUCGACCGAAACAGAAGAGGCAUGAAGCU